GGAUGGCAGCUUUAAUUUCCACAGGAACUCCAGAGCAAAGCCAGUGGCAGAGGCAGCUGGAGGAUGGCUACAUCAAUACAGCCAAUAGCCAGCAAUGCCCACUUUGGGGACUGCAUCAACUGGCUACAGCUAUUCCAGUUACGUGGGAAUUACAGGGGCCAUUUGCUGCUGCAAACUCUUCUCCAGGUGGACUUCUCUUCAUUCGGGUUUCCAGUGCCUCUUUCCAGCACAAACCCUGCAUCAGGCAAGCCCAAGGACGACAAAUGCCAAUCACCCAGGAGAACUCCCAAGUGCCCCCGUUGCCAGAAGGAGGUCGACUUCGCUGAGAAGGUUACCUCCCUGGGGAAAGACUGGCACCGACCAUGCCUGAAGUGUGAGAAAUGCAACAAGACUCUGACUUCAGGCGGCCAUGCUGAGCAUGAUGGGAAGCCCUAUUGCAACCAGCCGUGCUACUCUGCCUUGUUUGGACCCAAAGGAUUUGGCCGGGGCGGUACCGAGAGUCACACAUUCAAGUAAACCUCAGGGCUGGAUGGAGAGGAUUCCCAGUGGAGCCUGGGGACAGCACAAGCAUCAUGACAAAUACAUUUUUAAUUCACUAUGUAAUUAACUAGCACAUUAAAAGUAAUAAAUUACCUAGAGGAAUUUAGCUGGCGGUGACGGGAGAGUCUCUGCUCUGUAUCUAUCAAGAUGUGGCGCGGGGGACGGGGGAGUUGGCCAAUAUCACUGAAAGCCUUGUGGAAAAAAAGAAGGUUCCAGAUCCCCUUCCAGCUAAAUAUGUAGCCCUGCUUUCAAACCCAACCUCUAGCGGCAGGAUUCUGC